AAUACGCUCGGCGGGCUUCCUCGCUCCGCAGCCCUCCCCGGACCGGGCGGGCAGGGUGUCAGGGUAGCCGAGGCGCGGACGCGGGCGCCGGGCAUCCCCGCUUCCCAGUCGGCGGCACCCAGGACCCCAGUCGUGCGGCGCGGGCCCGGGGAAGGGGAGAGUCCCCGGCCCCGAGGCCGUCGACGCUCCCGCAGCCCCGCCUGCGAGGCCCCGCACGGGAACGUGGACACCCGCCCCGCCGAGGUGAGAUCACUGUACAAUGCCACCUGCUUUGUGGACAGUGUGGGUCUUGGGGUCUGUAAUCAGCCUCCCCAAGGAAGGAGCCUCUGAUCAGGCUUCUUCUCUGUCUUGUGACCCCACUGGUGUCUGCGAUGGCCGCUCCAGAUCUUUAAACUCCAUCCCCUCAGGGCUCACGGCAGCUGUGAAAAGCCUUGACCUGUCCAGCAAUGAGAUCACCUAUGUCAGCAACAGCGACCUGCGGAGGUGUGUGAACCUCAGGACUCUGAAGCUGGGGGCCAAUGAAAUUCACACAGUGGAGGAAGAUUCUUUUUUUUCCCUGAGGAGUCUUGAAUAUUUGGACUUAUCCUAUAAUCGUUUAUCUAACUUCUCAUCCUCCUGGUUCAGAUCCCUUUCUGCCUUGAAAUUCUUAAACUUACUGGGAAAUUUAUACAAAACACUCGGGGAAAGAUCUCUUUUUUCUCAUCUCCCAAAUCUGCGAAUCCUGAAAGUAGGAAAUAGUAACAGCUUCGCUGAGAUUCAGGAAAAGGAUUUCACUGGGCUAACUCUUCUUGAGAAACUUGAGAUUAAUGCUCCAAAUCUGCAGACGUAUGCACCAAAGAGUUUAAAGUCAAUCCAGAACAUCAGCCAUCUGAUUCUUCAUCUGAAGCAGCCUGUUUUACUGCUGGAGAUUUUUGUAGAUAUUUUAAGUUCCUUAGAAUAUUUAGAACUGAUAGAUACUAAUUUGAACACUUUUCAUUUUUCAGAAGAAUCCAUCAAUGAAACGAAUACAUCAAUUAAAAAGUUUACAUUUAGAAAUGUACAAAUCACUGACGAAAGUUUUACUGAAGUUUUGAAACUCUUUAAUUAUGUUUCUGGAGUCUUAGAAGUAGAGUUUGAUGACUGUACCCAUGAUGGAGUUGGUAAUUUUAGGACAUUGGACACAAUUAAAUGCCUAGGUGACGUGGAGACAUUAACAAUACGGAAGUUGCAUAUUCCACAGUUUUUCUUAUAUCAUGAUCUGAGUAAUACAUAUUCACUCAUAGGAAAAGUUAAAAGAAUCACAGUAGAAAACAGUAAGGUUUUUCUGGUUCCUUGUUUACUUUCACAACAUUUAGCAUCAUUAGAAUAUUUGGAUCUCAGUGAAAACUUAAUGUCUGAAGAAACCUUGAAAAACUCAGCCUGCGAGCAUGCCUGGCCCUUCCUAAAAACCUUAGUUUUAAGGCAGAAUCGUUUGAAAUCAUUAGAAAAAACUGGAGAAAUUUUGCUUACUCUGAAAAACCUGACUAACCUUGAUAUCAGUAAGAAUAAUUUUCAUUCAAUGCCUGAAACUUGUCAGUGGCCAGAAAAAAUGAAAUAUUUGAACUUAUCCAGCACAAGAAUACAAAGUUUAACCCGUUGCAUUCCCCAGACACUGGAAAUAUUAGAUAUUAGCAAUAACAAUCUCGAUUCAUUUUCUUUGAUUUUGCCAGAACUCAAAGAACUUUAUAUUUCCAGAAAUAAGUUGAAGACUCUACCAGAUGCCUCCUUCUUACCUGUGUUAUUAGUUAUGAGAAUCAGCAGAAAUAUAAUAAAUACUUUCUCUAAGGAGCAACUUGAUUCUUUUCAAAAACUGAAGACUUUGGAAGCUGGUGGAAACAGCUUCAUUUGCUCCUGUGACUUCCUGUCUUUCACACAGGGGCAGCAGGCCCUGGCCCAGGUCCUGAUCGACUGGCCAGACGACUACCUGUGUGACUCUCCAUCCCCCGUGCGGGGCCAGCGGGUUCGGGAUACCCGGCUCUCACCUUCUGAGUGCCACAGGGCAGCCGUGGUGUCUGCGGUGUGCUGUACCCUUUUCCUGUUCCUCCUGCUGGUGGGGGUUCUGUGCCACCGUUUCCACGGACUGUGGUACAUGAAGAUGAUGUGGGCCUGGCUCCAGGCCAAGAGGAAGCCCAGGAAGGCUCCCCGCAGGGACAUCUGCUAUGACGCCUUUGUGUCCUACAGUGAACGGGAUUCCUACUGGGUGGAGAACCUCAUGGUCCAGGAGCUGGAGCACUUCAACCCUCCCUUUAAGUUGUGUCUUCACAAGCGGGACUUCAUUCCUGGCAAGUGGAUUAUCGACAAUAUCAUUGACUCCAUUGAAAAGAGCCACAAAACCAUCUUUGUGCUUUCUGAGAACUUUGUGAAGAGUGAGUGGUGCAAGUACGAGCUGGACUUCUCCCAUUUUCGACUCUUUGAUGAGAACGACGAUGCUGCCAUUCUCAUUCUGCUGGAGCCCAUUGAGAAAAAGGCCAUCCCCAGCAGGAAGGGUUUCAGUUGAAGAACAAUUCUAGUUUUUAAAAGAAAAAUAUCUAUAAAAUGAAAUAGUCUCAGGUUUCAAAACUCAGCUCUAUGUUGAUUCAGAGUUUUACUAUUAUCAUUUUGCAUAGGCACUAUUAAAUAGUAUUCUUCAAAAGUUACAGAUGUUAUUGAAAUCUCUUCAAAGUAGAAAAAUUUUGAAGAAUGAGCAUUUGCGUACAACGAUCUGUGUAUCAGUGCAAGGAUUACAGCAGAUUUUCAUUAAGUGAUUUUUGACGGAUAUAUUUAUUAUUUUCUCUAUUACAAAAUAUUUUAUGUGAACAAGACUGUUUUUUUAUAACUUCAUUUUAGAAUUUCAGUCAGAUUCUCAAAAAUAUAGAUACCAUGAGAGUUACUUUUUACCGAAUUAUCUUUUCAUAUUGUGUUCAUUUUCUAACUUUAAAAAAAU